AUGAAACGACUUGGUAUUGUUUGGUUUCGAAAUGAUUUACGAUUACAUGAUAAUGAAAUACUUGUAUGGGCUCAUAUAAAUAAUGAUUAUGUUAUUCAUAUGUAUUGUUUUGAUUCACGUCAAGUAAUAGAAAAAACAUACAGAUGUGAUUUUGUUAAAUGUGAUAAAUAUCGAUUGAAAUUUUUAAUUGAAACAGUUGAAAAUCUCAAUGCAUCAUUAGUUAAUAAAGGAAGCCGUCUUUUGACCUAUCGAGAUAUACCUGAGAAUAUUCUCAAUCAAUUCAUUCGACAAUUCAAAGACAAAUUUGAAAUAUCGAUUGGUUUUCAUCAAGAAGUUACACAAGAAGAAAUUGAUGUUGAAAAAGCAGUGCGUCAAUUAGCUCAUGAUAAUAACGUACGUGUCAAAGAAAUUUGGACAUCAACAUUAUAUCAUCCUGAUGAUUUACCAUAUAAUAAUCCGAAAGCGUUUCCUGAUGUAUUUACACAAUUUCGAGUAACACUCGAAAAACAAAGUAUUCGAGUGCGAUGUUUAAUCAAUAUUCUUAAUACAUUUAAGCCAUUACCAGAUGAUUGUGUUAUAACAUCUAUACCAAGUUUAACAGAUUUUGGAUAUUCAAAUGUGAUUGUGCAUCCUAAUAGCGUAUUUCAAUUUGAAGGUGGUGAAUCAUCUGGACUUGCUCAUCUACAAGGAUAUGUUUGGGAAAAAGAUUUAGUUCCAUCUUACAAACAAACACGAAAUAGUUUGACUGGUUCAGAAAGUUCAACAAAAUUUUCUCCAUGGCUAUCAAAUGGAUCAUUAUCUCCUCGUAAAAUCUUUUUUGAAUUAAAAAGAUAUGAAAAUGAACAAGGUAUACCUGAUGCUGGAUAUUGGAUUAUAUUUGAAUUUCUUUGGCGUGAUUUUUUCAAAUUUACUGCUAUGAAAUAUGGUACACGUCUUUUUUAUGGACGUGGCCUUAAAUCAGAUCCAUAUACGUGGAAACAUGAUUUACAACAAUUUGAAGCAUGGAGAACUGGCAAUACAGGUGUUCCAUUUGUUGAUGCUAAUAUGCGUGAGAUAAUGGCUACUGGUUGGAUGUCAAAUAGAGGUAGGCAAAAUGUUGCAAGUUAUCUUACAAAAGAUCUUGGCAUCGAUUGGCGAUAUGGAGCAGUAUGGUUUGAAUCGAUUUUGAUUGAUCAUGAUGUUUGUUCAAACUAUGGAAAUUGGGUGUAUGUAGCCGGUGUUGGAAAUGAUCCAAGAGAAAAUCGACAUUUUAAUAUGAUUAAGCAAGCAUUUGAUUAUGAUUCGAAUGGCAAAUUUGUACGUACAUGGUGCCCUGAAUUAGCUCGUUUACCAAAUGAAUAUAUUCAAACACCAUGGUUAGCUCCAUCACACGUUCUCAAAGAUGCUGGCGUAGAACUUAAUGUUAAUUAUCCGCGACCCAUUAUUAUUGUAUCACAAUGGAAUCAACAAUCUCAAAAUCGUCGAACAUCAUUGCAAAAUCAACAUCAUACGCAGCAACGUGGCAUAAAUUUCUAUUUUAAAAGUAAUCAAAAAUGA